CUCAUCAAGUCUCCCACACAAAACACAAUAGUUAAGAGUUUACUAGCAAAGGAGAAAAAUGAAGUUUGUUUACUUUCUCGUUGUACUAUUGGCUUUGGCAUCCUCUCUUGCCUUUGCUUAUGAUCCAAGCCCCCUACAAGACUUUUGUGUGGCUAUUAAUGACACUAGAACUGGUGUGUUUGUGAAUGGAAAAUUUUGCAAGGAUCCUAAGCUUGCAAGAGCUGAAGAUUUCUUCUAUCCUGGAUUGGGAGCCGGAGACACAUCAAAUCCACUAGGGUCAAAGGUGACACCUGUGGCUGUUAACGAAAUAUUAGGACUCAACACACUUGGAAUAUCCUUGGCUCGUAUAGACUUUGCACCAAAGGGUUUGAACCCUCCUCACACUCACCCUCGUGGGACAGAGAUUCUUGUAGUAUUGGAGGGUACCCUUUACGUUGGUUUUGUUGCAUCCAAUCAAAACGACAACCGUCUCUUCACCAAAGUGCUUAACAAGGGUGACGUGUUUGUGUUCCCCAUUGGACUCAUUCACUUUCAGCAAAACGUGGGUUAUGGAAACGCUGUGGCCAUUGCUGGCCUUAGUAGCCAAAACCCGGGGGUUAUUACGAUUGCUAAUGCUGUGUUUGGAUCUAAACCACCUAUCUCUGAUGAAGUUCUCGCUAAAGCUUUUCAAGUGGACAAAAACACAAUCGACUACCUUCAGAAGCAAUUCUGGUACAACAAUAGUUAACGUGGGAACGUGAUUCGUGAUACCAUGCAUCUUGCUCGAUCGGACCUUGGAUAAAUAGUUUUCUCAUUUUGCUUGUGCUUCAUGCAAUUCACUCUCUCAAGCAAUUACACUGCAAUAUUAAAUAAAAUGCAUGUGGCUAUUAUGUGUAUGACGUAGUUGAUUUGUGUGGAUUUGAAUUUGGUUUGAUAUAUCAAUGUUACGAGUAUAAUAAUAAAAAGAAACAACUAAUUUGGCUUUUA